AUGUACAUGUAUUUAAGUGCAAAACACAACUAUAUACUGUAUUACGAGUAUAUAAACCUCGUUUCAGAGGGAAAGGCACAUGACUUUGGGAUAUCAGAACCCAAAUAUCGCGAGCCAUUGGACAGACGUUGCAAAGCCAUAACACAGAAAAAUAGUGACUUUUCCACGUUUGAUAUUAACAAUAAUGACAUCGAUCAAUCUGCUCCGGUGACUCCAAACAAAAGGUACACGUGGAUUCGGCACAAUUAA